AUGUCUGAUAGUACGGAUAUGCUGAUAACGGAAUCAAUUGGAACUUGUUUUGAAAUCGAGCACUCGUGGAGCAUCGAAGAGUUUUCUGCCAAGAUUAUGCCUAGAAACAAGUGUCUCUUGUCACGGCGGAUCAAACAUUCGCAGCAUGACGUUGAAUUUCGUUUGUUGGUUCGCCCACGCUCUGCUGAUCCGAUGAUGGUAGGCGUUUACAUGUUUUGCCUCCCAGGAAGCACCAUUAAAAAUGAAGAAGCAGUGGUAUCAUUUUCACUCGAAAUCCCAGACACGUCUUCAUCAUCGCCCAGUUUGAUUGCCAAACACGAGGGACAUUCAGCGUUUAAACGUUAUUCGCAUAUACUCGAAGGAAAUGAUGCUCUUUUCAGUUCUGCCUCAGUUGCUAAAGGCAAAUCUACACAGAACGGACAACUCAUCAUUCGCUUUAAAGCCAAAGUACUGUACAGCAUUGUGUCAGUCGAUCCAACUAUCAAGGCAUUGAAAGAAAAAAUGGAAGCAAAGCACGCCACAAACAGGUUGAAGCUUUUCGAAAGCGGCGACAACAGCGACUUUACUGUGAUUGUCGAGAAUAGGCGAAUUCCGGUUCACAAGGUCUUUUUAUCUCAAAGAUCAUCAGUUUUUCGAGCUUUGCUCAGCAAUGCUAAUUUUGUUGAAAAUGCGAAAAAUGAAAUUGAGAUCAACGACACGUCAUUUGAAACAAUGCAAGUGUUUUUGACCACUCUGUACACUGGAAAAAAACCUGACGCGGAUAAACUUUCACUCGACCUCCUUUCCAUUGCCGACAAGUAUGACGUUUUUGAGCUGAAAAUGGCCUGCCAAGAACAACUAUCAAUCUCACUCGACAACAACAAUGUCCUCGACCGCCUACUCGAAGCAAUCAAGCACUGUGCAGAAUUUCUGACGUUAAACUGCAAGUUCUUUCUGCUUGAUAAUCUGAGUGAAGUCAUGAAAACUCCACGCUGGAAAAUGUUCCAUGCAAAUGAAGACGUUUUAACAAUUGAUGUUUUUAAUUUUAUUAAGAAUUCCAGUCUAUUUACUGAAUAUCACCAAAUUUCGCUGCAACAACUUAACAACAUGCGAAAUGGUGCAGACGAAAACCUGAUAAGUGAUGGCUCAUCAAGUUCUGCUGACUCUGAUGUCGACAUGCGUGAGAUUAGCGAAGAUGAAGAUGAAGACGAAGACGAAUAG